AUGUUCGAUAGCGAUUGCAAAUCCCAAAAUCACAUAAUAUGUUCUGAAGACAACGAAUGUGUGUGCAAAAAAAAUUACAUUAAAAUUGGCCUUUCGUGUCGGCCAUUAAUAGGAUCGUUUUGUAAGAAAAAUGAAGACUGUUUUCCUGAAAAUUCUGUUUGUGUUGAUCACAAAUGCAAAUGUAAAGAAUAUUUUGUUCCAAAAUCUUAUGAACGCUGUGAACCAACUUAUUUUCACUCGAAAUGUAAUUCGAGAGACGAAUUGUGCCAAGAAGCUCAAUUUUUUUCCUGCACAAAUGAUGGUAAAUGCUUUUGUCCACCAAAUCAUAUUGUAUCGAAUGAUAAGUGCCUCCCAUUAUUAAACGAGCAUUGUGUUGAGAAUGAAGAGUGUUUAAUUGAUUUCUCGUCCUGUGUGAACAAUCAGUGUCAAUGCAGACCUGAAUAUGCCGCGCAAGACAACAAUCUAUGCUUACCAACGCGUCUGAAUUAUAAGUGUAAAUUCGAUGAAGACUGCAGUAAAAUACAUAACUCUAAAUGUUCUGAGUUUAAGGGCUGUAUUUGUAGAAAAAAUUAUUAUCAACUGACGGAAACAAUUUGCUCUCCGAGUAUCGGCGGGCCAUGUGCUUCAAACAUGGAUUGUACUGUUGAAAAUUCUUUCUGUAUUAAAAAUUCUUGUAAAUUUCUUUAUAAAUCCUGUCAUUUGGAUGAAGAUUGCGUUAACAUAAAAUUUUCAAAGUGUUCAUCAAAUAAUGAAUGUAUUUGUGAACCAAACUAUCUUGCUUCAACGGAUAAGACAUCAUGUUUGCCACUUAUAGGUGGAGAAUGUGAAUUAGAUGAAGAUUGUGUGACGGAAAACUCUAACUGUUAUUCUAGGAAAUGUCAAUGCAAAAAAUAUUUCGUUCCCAAUGUUAUUGAUGGAAAAAACGAAUGCGAACGAAGACUUCCCUGUAGUAAUCACAUAGAUUGUGCAUUGACACAGAACUUUCUAUGUUCAGAUGAUAAAGUCUGUGCUUGUCGGAAAAAUCAUCAUGAGUUUAACAAUAAAACUUUUUGCACACCCAUUAUUAAUGAAGAGUGUUCGACUGACAAAGACUGCAGAUUUGAUAAUUUUCAUUGUUUCAAUUUUACAUGCCAGUGCAAGCCUAAUUAUUUUGCCGUUUCAGACACUCAAUGUGAAAUCGAACAAUCCGUAGUUCAUUGUAGUGAUAAUAUUGACUGCGGAGAUCCGUGGCAUGCAGAAUGCUCAAUAAAUAAUUAUUGUGUGUGCAAAUCAAACAAUAGAUUGAUUAAUAAAGCGACAUGUUAUCCACUUUUGGGCGGACCUUGUUGGAAAGAUGACCAAUGCUCGCUUCCAAAUUCUGUUUGCAUUGAUUAUCGUUGUAAAUGUCAGUCGGGUUUUAAAGCCGUAGCUACUAAUCUUUGCAUACCUGCUCAGUAA